UUGUGGUGAUGGACUGAAGGACUACAUCAUUAUUACUGUUACUAAGUGCAUAUUUCUUAUCUGGAAUUUAUAAGAUUUUAUACGAAAAAUGUUUCCUGGUGAAGUGUGAGGAAGUCUUACAAAAGAUUUGUGCCUAUUUUACCCUGUCCCACUAGACCCUUUGCUUAUGAAGACCAUGACCAUGGAUAGUUUUAUACAUGCAGUGUGUCUGGUUCUGUGUCUGUGGAUACCACAUGUGGUGCCAUGUCCACCACAAUGCCACUCCUGCACAGGUGGCACAGCCAAUUGUAUCCAAGCUGGUCUACGAGAUAUCCCUAGACGCUUUCCUGAGGAGGUUGAAGUUCUGGAUUUCACUGGAAACCAAAUUACAGAUUUUGAUGGCCGUAGCUUCCAGUCACUUCCAAAUGUUCAAUCACUCAGAAUACCAAACAAUGGUAUAAGUCAUAUCGCUGCUAAUUCCUUCGUGAAUAUCCCACACCUCACGAUGAUAGAUCUGUCCUCUAACUUCAUAGCAACCUUGGAGGAUGGAGCCUUCCGGGGCUUGGACGAAAUGUCUAUCAUAACCCUCACAAACAACCGUUUACAACGACUUGAGCAGCCGUUCGAAGGCCUUACAUCACUAUCGUCCGUUUACCUAGGAUUUAAUCAGCUGAUAGAGAUUGAAGAGGACGACUUCCAGACAAAUACGAUGAUUCGAAUGUUGGAUCUUAGCAAUAACCAUAUCAAUCGGAUACAUCCAAUGGCGUUCAAGAAUCUGGAGCAUCUUCGUUAUCUCAUUCUCAGCAAUAAUGCCUUGACGCACACUGUUGACUUACAGUUCUCCAGCACCAUGCUCCAACUUGUAGAUUUUACCAAGAGUCAGCUCAAGAGGGUACCUACUGGGAUGCCUUACUCAGUUGCAGACUUCCGCCUCGGCAACAACAUGAUAACAGAGAUUCAAGACGAAGAUUUCAAAGGAAUGAGAAAUCUUCGCUUGUUGAUGCUGGAAAACAACAUGCUUCAGAACAUCAGCUAUCGAGCAUUUAAGCCUCUCACAAAUUUAAAGGAGAUCUGGUUGAGCAACAAUAAGCUGUUUUACAUUCCACAGGGUCUUCCUAAAAAUCUUGAGACACUCUACCUUGACAACAACGAAAUCUUUGAAGUACAGUCACAUCUUUUCCUAAAUCACUCCAAGUUACGACUGCUGUCUUUUGAAAUGAACAAAAUUCAGAGAGUUCACGCGGAGUCAUUCCGAGGUCUACAGAGUAUUCAGGAGAUUAACCUACAGUUCAAUCAAAUAGCAAUGAUCCCAGCUAGGACCUUCACCGAUUUGUCGGCCUUGACCACACUGCAGCUGUCACACAACUCAUUGGUUAGUAUUGACCAUGGUGCUUUUCCUUCCCGACUCAGUUCCCUGUCAAUGGCUAAUAUAGCUUCUCCCACAGUACAUGUGACACAAGAAUUUGUAAACUCUUUGUCCAGUAUCAAUACUCUGGACUUUAUGAACAGCCCAGGACUUGUGUCCAGUAUUCUGAAGGCUUUGGUCAGAUCUAGGACCAGAUUGGAUCGUGUGAUGACCUUGAACCUGCAGUAUAAUGAAAUCCAAAGCCUCCCUGAAGCAGUAAAAGGAGCAUUACGUGGCGUACAACAGCUACUGUUGGACGGAAACCCGUUUCACUGUGAUAAGAGUCUAAUAUGGUUAAAACAAUGGAUGUCGGAAGGCCGAGUUGUCUUUCAUAACUCAGAGGAACUAGAAUGUGCAUCACCACCUCAGCUAAGGGGAAGGAAAAUCAAGGAUCUCCCAAAUAGAUAUUUUGUGAAAUCGUUGCAGAGACCUACCAACGUCAGGCCAGAACAGGUGGACACACCGCCAUUACAGGUGUCACGUUUGUCAUUAAAGGGGGAUGUUGUUUCUGGAUCUCAACAGGAGAGUUCACAACAAAGGGGAGGCAACCAAGUAAGUGAUGUAUCCAGAAAUGCAGGCCCACAACAAACCAUUCAACGACUACAACAGGCAGGAGUUUUGGUGCCAACAAGUUCCAGUAUGAAUCCUGGAGCAAGGACAAAUACAGAAAAGAUAAAAAAGAAAGGACGAAAAAGGAAAGGAAAGAAAAACAGAAAGAACAAAAACAGAAAAAACAAAAAAGGAAAAAAGAAGCGACGUAAUAGGGGAAAGCGACACAACCGACGUGCUCUACGUCGUAGGAAGUGCAGUGCUCAGUCAGACGGCACUAUUCAGUGCUGCCGGAUCCUUAAAGAUGGAACUCAAAGAUGCCGGCGCAAACGACCAAAACUUAGACCAAGGUCAAAGGUCACAACUACUAGCUCUUAAGCUUGCAGAUGCAUGAUUUAGAUAACUACAAAUAGAAUGAACUGUGUAUUAUACUCAAGAGACUGUAGCCGAUUAUUAUCUGAUGUAUAUAUACAGCAAGCUGCAGCGCAUACAGCACAGGAAAUCCAGCAGUACAGAUUAUUACUGAGUGUUGUCUUGUGAGAUCAUAUCCUCAGGAACAAGUCCAACUGGAUAGUUUUGGAUUUAAAUCAGCAAGGUUGACUUUUUUCUCAAAACAUUGUUUCAAAAAUCUGUCCAUUGAACAUCCAUGAACUGAAUCUUCAAUUCUGGUUCCUGAAGUUGACCGACUUUAAUAUUGUUAUACUGUUAAAUCUUGUGAUUGUGUUGCUAGGAAAUACAUAUUGGUUGGCACCUGAAAACCCUGCUCAUGAAAUUCACUCACUAAAAUUGAUGUCAAUUUCAAUGGUUUAUCUUUUAGCAGGCAAACAAAGUCGUGGAUGAAGAGUUCCCAUGAAAUUCAAUGAAAAGUAAUCAGCCACCAAAAUGACAAAUUUUAUAGUAAUUAUGCAGAUGAAUUGCUAUCUAUAAUGAACUUUUGAUAUUGUAUAUUUCACAUGUAUUAAGAUUCACAACACUAAGUCUCCAUGUUAGACAAGUGAUGUCAAUCCCCUCAGCAUCACAAAGAAAAACUGUUAUAUUUGGCAAUAUGCCCAAGUUUGGUAAUAAGCCCACCCACAUCUCUUUGAAUUAUGUCAAAUUGUCAACAGAUGCUAUACUCUGAAGUCAGUCCACCUCACAGCUCCAAACCAGAGAUAAGGAGUCAAACACUACCUCUCCUCUCUGAGUCAGAGACAAAAAGUUAAAUGGCACCUCUCCUCUCUGAGUCAGAGACAAAGUGUUAAGUAGCGUCUCUCCUCUCUGAGUCAGAGACAAAGUGUUAAGUAGCAUCUCUCCUCUCCAAGUCAGAGACAAAAAGUUAAGUAGCAUCUCUCCUCUCUGAGUCAGAGACAAAAAGUUAAGUAGCAUCUCUCUUCUCCAAGUCAGAGACAAAGUGUUAAGUAGCAUCUCUCCUCUCCAAGUCAGAGACAAAGUGUUACACAGCAACUCUCCUCUCCAAGUCAGAGACAAGUGUUAAAUAGCAUCUCUCUUCUCCAAGUCAGAGACAAAGUGUUAAGUAGCAUCUCUCUUCUCCAAGUCAGAGACAAAGUGUUAAGUAGCAUCUCUCCUCUCCAAGUCAGAGACAAAAAGUUAAGUAGCACCUCUCCUCUCUGAGUCAGAGACAAAGUGUUAAGUAGCAUCUCUCCUCUCUGAGUCAGAGACAAAGUGUUAAGUAGCAUCUCUCCUCUCCAAGUCAGAGACACGUUUUGAAUGGCAUCUCUCCUCUCCAAGUCAGAGACACGUGUUGAAUGGCAUCUCUCCUCUCCGAGUCAGAGACAAAGUGUUAAGUAGCACCUCUCCUCUCCAAGUCAGAGACAAAGUGUUACACAGCAACUCUCCUCUCAGAGUCAGAGACAAGUGUUAAAUAGCAUCUCUCUUCUCCAAGUCAGAGACAAAGUGUUAAGUAGCAUCUCUCCUCUCCAAGUCAGAGACAAAGUGUUAAGUAGCAUCUCUCCUCUCCGAGUCAGAGACAAAGUGUUAAGUAGCAUCUCUCCUCUCCGAGUCAGAGACAAAGUGUUAAUCUCUAUAUCUUCUGGUAUAAGGAUAGCUUAGAUUUAACCACAAAGGCUUGUAAAACAAAGGGACAUAACACCUACAACAGUAUGUGAAACAAACACAGAUCUGAUGGGUAGAUUUCAUGGUGUGAAUCCUAAAGAAUUUGUUUAGCCUUUUGUUUUUGUGGUAUCUUACUGAGCUAAUUAAAAAUAUUUUUUCCAA